CGCCACCCAACACCACAGUGAUGGGAGAACUCAGAAAUUGGGCGUUUUGGCGGGCUGUUCUAGCAGAGUUGAUCGGUAUGAUCCUCUUCAUAUUCAUCGGUAUAUCUUCUGCUAUCGGGAAUAAAAAUAACUCCAAGCCUGACCAGGAGGUUAAAGUAGCGUUAGCCUUUGGUCUGGCCAUCGCCACGCUGGCCCAGAGUUUGGGCCACAUCAGUGGAGCCCACCUGAACCCAGCCAUCACCCUAGGUCUGCUGGUCAGCUGCCAGAUCAGUGUGUUCAAGGCAGUGUUCUACAUCCUGGCUCAGAUGCUGGGAGCUGUAGUAGCUAGUGCCAUAGUGUAUGGAGUCAAGCCGACAAACAUUGAUGCACUGGGGGUUAAUCACCUGAAUAAAAUAAGUGUAGGACAAGGGUUUGUCAUCGAGUUCCUGACCACCUUCCAGCUGGUCCUAUGUGUCAUAGCAGUGACUGAUAAAAGGCGUGGGGAUGUCACCGGUUCUGCCCCUCUAGCCAUCGGGCUCUCUGUGGGUCUGGGACAUCUUGCAGCAAUCAGUUUCACUGGAUGUGGGAUUAAUCCUGCUCGCUCAUUUGGGCCAGCUGUAAUCUACAAACACUUUGCUGACCAUUGGGUGUACUGGCUGGGGCCGAUGUGUGGAGGUGUAGCAGCAGCCCUUAUCUAUGACUUCCUCCUGUAUCCUAGAAGUGAUGACUUCAGUAAGCGGUGGAAUGUUCUAGUCAGUGGGCCAGAGAAGGAGAAUGAUGCCCCAGAGGAGGGCAGCAGUAGUCCUGGAACCAGUCAGUGGCCCAGAAAUGACAAGUUCACUAACAAUUAGCCUACCAAAUGUUGGAAAUUAUAAGCAGAAAAAUAUCUAAAUUGUGCUUAAAAACCUUGUUUCUGCAGUCUCUGCCAGCCGCUGAGAGAUCCAUAUGUAGAAUUAAUUUAAACUGUCAGUUUGAUUUAUGCAGUUAUCUACUUUUAUUAUUGCUGUAACAGACAUGUUGUUUUGUGUUUCUGUUUGUCCUGUGUUGAAGGUUGUAACAUUUGUACACCUAGGAGACAUUUCAAAAUGUACUGUAAAGACAAAAUGUACUGUAAAGACAAAAUGUUCUGUAAAGACAAAAUGCGCACCCUUCCCCUUAUAGAAUUAACAAGAAAUGACCACAAAUAACUGUAGUGAUCCUGUGUUGUUUAACGUAGAUAUCGACUUUACCACUUCAGCAUGCUUUUGUGGUACAGUCGAUGCCACGCAAGGCUACGGGCCAGAAGGUUGAGGAUUUGCUGACCACCACGGAUGAGCUAACUCUCCCUGCCUUUCAUUAGAACUGCACUACGAUCAGAGCCGGGUGCAGACAAUGAUCAUCCAGGUGGAAAUCAGAUUUAACAUUUUGAUACUAUAUAUAUAAUUAUAUAAAAUAAAUGCAACAAAUAUAUGCAACACCACAAUCUGCACAGUUUGAAUGCUAGAAUUAUAUUUUGGACGAAUGUGCGCAGGUUGCCUACAGGAGACUUUUGAAGUAGCCUAAUCAGAUUAAAACAUUGUAACUGGUUGUGUUGAUGCCACACAUAAAAGGUAAUGCAUUUUAAAAGUGAAAUUACCCAUAUUUAGGCUAUAGGUUAUUAAAGCGUUAGGUUCUAGGUGCGCGACAACAGAGCUGUCAAGCUUUCCUGAAUAACUGGGCCUGCUGGAAGCCUACUGUAUGUGGCCACAUUAUUAUUAUUAUUAACAAACAGUGCAUCUCAGUAUCAGAACUUAAAAUACAGCCAAACUGGCAUGCUACUGUGUUUUGUAUAUCUUAUAAACUGUCAAAAUUGAAUGAAACAUUCAAAUCACAGGGCUUUUGCGCUGUAAUUCAAAUGACAUUUUCACAGCAGUUUACAGCCUAGAGUAGAAUGGUGUACUCACUUGAAAACAAUAAUGCAAAUAGGGAGGAUAAUUGUAUGGUACCCUAAUAUAAGAACAAUAGGGGAGCUUUUUGAGCGGUAUUUACGUUUUCUUUGUUUUAGUCUUUGCUUUGUGGAAAUAAAGUAUUUUUUGUUAUUAAAGAAUAAACUG